AUGGCGUCUACCAGCCCCAAUGGUACUAACGGUGUCAAUGGUGCCAACAGUACCAAUGACUCACGCCCAGUGUUCUUCUUCGACAUUGACAACUGUGUACACAAAUUCUUUGUUAAACACCUCAAUCUUACAUCCGAAGACGCACAUAUGCUCCACCAGAAGUACUACAAGGAAUACGGUCUUGCCAUUGAAGGCCUGACCCGACACCAUAAGAUUGAUCCCCUCGAGUUCAACCGAGAAGUGGAUGAUGCCCUACCCCUCGACAACAUCUUGAAACCAGACCCAAAACUACGAAAGCUACUUGAACGCCUGGAUACUUCAAAGGUGAAGCCAUGGCUGCUCACAAACGCCUACAUCACCCAUGGAAAUAGGGUCAUCAGACUCCUGGGUCUUGAAGGUAUCUUUGAAGGUAUCACUUACUGCGACUACGGUCAGUUGCCGCUGGUUUGCAAACCAAGCCAGGCCAUGUAUGCCAAGGCCGAGAAGGAGGCCGGUGCACCGAGUACUGACCAGUGCUACUUUGUCGAUGAUUCACAUCUCAAUUGUACACAUGCUCAGGCCCGAGGUUGGUGCACCGUGCACUUGGUAGAGAAAGGACAACCUAUUCCAAGAGUCCCAGCCUCUCGAUAUUUGAUCUCAAGUCUAGAGGAGCUUCCUAUAUCGCCUGGAUCAGUGAUCACACUAACUGAUGGGCGACAAGGGACAAUUCGUUUCAUUGGCACCACUCAUUUCGCCGUUGGUGACUGGAUCGGUGUUGAAUUGAAAGAUGCUACAGGCAAGAAUGACGGCGCUGUUCAAGGCGAGCGCUACUUCACCUGUGAGGCAGGCCAUGGUAUGUUUGUUCGACCAACAGCCGUGGCCUCUGUUCUGCAACAGCCUGCGCGGGAGAGUAAACAAACCGCCAGACCCGGUUCUAACCCAGUCCCUGGGAGACAGUCGAUCUCCGCUGGCUCAAGGAAACCUGGGACUGUGGCUCCGAGUGUAGCCAAACGACAAAGCAUUAAUUCAGCGACUCCAACACCAGCUCCAAGGACGGCGCCCAGAUCUUCUCUCAGGUCCCCGACAAAAUCCCCCACGAAACAACUAUCGUCAACGGCGGCUCCUGCGCGCCCCUCGGUUGGUGGCCCUCGCACCUCUACGGUUGGUUCGACGCGCCCACGGCCUGCUCCCUCGACCCGAUCUUCAGUAGGUGGAUCUGGCACUUCGACAGCUGCAUCUCGGACUUCACGCCCUUCUGUAUCUGGACCGGCUGCAAAAAUAUCUCGACCUGGAUCCCAAGCAGCUGGUGCACCGGUGGCUGCCCCGAAACGGCUCUCUGUGCGGCAAAACGACACCGCGAGAGCAUUAGAUAGCGGAGACACAGGAGCAAGCGGUCCAUCAGAGGGGCACACAGAUGCAGAUUCAGGAGACGCAGAGGAAGAUAGCCCAGAGGACGAAGAGGCUACUUCUGCACCUCCAGCCAAACCUGCUAGAACGUCAAUGGCCGCUACUCGUACGGCAGCUUCACGGACAGGGGUCAGCACAGCAGCACAGCGCCAAGCCCAGAAUAAUGCCAACAAUCGGGAACUGGAGGAGCUUCAGGCGAAACUACGCAUUAUCGAGAAGAAGCGUGCAGAAGAUCGUGAUAAACUCAAGGUCCUUGAACAACUGCAAACAGAGCGUGAUAAAUUCGAGUCCAUAAUCCAAAAGCUGCAGGCAAAAUACCAGCCACAGCAGUUGGAGAUCACUGAAUUACGCAGGAAACUCAAGGAUACAGAAGCCCAUCUCGAGCAACUGGAGCGUGUGCAGGCCGAACAUGAGUCCCUCAUGGAAAUGGCAACUCUCGACCGAGAAAUGGCAGAGGAGACAGCCGAGGCUUUGAAGCAUGAUUGCGAAGCACUUCGAUCUAAGAUGGAAGAGCUCGAGCUCGAAGUGGAUGUGCUCCGUGAGGAGAAUGCGGCAUUUGAUCAAGAUACAACUCCUGAAGAUCGAUCAAGUUACGGGUGGCUGCAAAUGGAAAAAACUAACGAGCGUCUUCGUGAAGCCUUGAUCCGCCUUCGUGAUAUGACACAGCAGCAGGAGGCUGAGCUAAAAGAUCAGAUCAAAGAGCUAGAAGACGAUCUCGAAGAAUACUCUGCGGUGAAAUCUGAAUUUGAAGCCACAAAGGAAAAACUUCUCGUGGCGGAGACCAACGUGGACGACCUCAAGCAACAACUAGAAACUGCACUGGGUGCGGAGGAAAUGAUUGAAGAACUUGCGGACAAGAACAUGCGCUACCAGGAGGAAAUCAACGAACUCAAAGCGGCCAUUGAGGACCUGGAGGCACUGAAAGAAAUCAGUGAUGAGCUAGAAUAUACGCACAUUGAAACUGAAAAGCAACUCCAGGAAGAGAUUGACUAUCGAGAUGGUGUUUUCAGUGAACAGACACGCAAGAUCGCACAGCAAGAUGAAGUGAUUGAGGACCUGGAGUACACGUUGUCUCGUUUUCGGGAGCUCGUUACCAACCUGCAGUCUGAUUUGGAAGACAUGCGUGCAUCUCAGCAAAUUUCGGAGGCUGAAGCCACCGACCUCACGACUCGGUCUCGAGCUAUGAUUGAUCUAAACAUGAAACUCCAAGCAUCUGUAUCCAAGGCUCAGACAAAAUCUAUCGAUGUCGAGCUCAACCGCAUGGAGUCCGAAGAAGCUACUCAACAUCUUGCUAUUGUCAAGCUUUACCUCCCCGAAUACUACGAUAGCGAGCGGAACUCCGUGCUGGCCCUUCUUCGCUUUAAACGUGUAACCUUCAAGGCCACUGUGGUGAACAACAUUAUCCGCGAACGAAUCUCUGAGCAGUCCUCCAUUACAAGCCAUGAAGAGAUCUUCAGCUCCUUGGAGGCUCUUGAACAUCUUCUAUGGAUUUCUGCUGUUUGUGAUCGCUUCGUCAACUUCAUUAACGCUUGCUCGGUCGACCAAUUCAGCAAUGUGAAGAUUGCCCUCGUCGAGAUGGAGCCAGUAGAGCGUAUGCUCAAUUUCUGGAUCGAAAACUUCAAAAAAAAUGAAGUCAAUAUGAAGAAGUUCGAUGUGGAGCUGCAGAGGUCCAUUGCUCUGUUAGCCCACCUUGCGGAGACAUUACUCCCCGAAACUCCAGAGACAUUCGCCGAUGCGCUUUGCAUGAAAGCUGCCUUGUCUCAGUCGUAUCUUGAUCAUGCGGCAACAGCGGUUGCACGUUUGAAGUCGCUCGUCGACGCUAAGUUAUCCGCCCCUGGAGAGGAUAGUGAAGAAAAUGCUCUCUCUUUUGAGAAAUUGGAUGCUUUCGUUUCUCAGGCGCGGGGCUUCAAGGUAGCCAUGGGUAAGAUUUAUCGGGCAGUUGAGGAUCUACGUUCUCGAUCUCUUGCGCUUUCCGACAGAGCUGCUGAGCCCUUCAAGAACGCUGAGUCUUUUACUCGGGACUUGUCGGAUCUUACUCGGAAGCUCGGCGAAGCUGUUCUUAGCCUGACCAGUGAGGAGGGGCGUGAGGAGCCUGCUAUUCUGGAGGAUGUAUUUGACAGUAUGUCGCGAGCUGCUGCUGCUUUCGCGCAAGACUCUGAAUCGGCAACUGAGGCAAAUGACCCAGUCUCACUGCUCUCCAAUAAGUUGCGAGACCUUGGUACUCUGCUGGAGGAAUUAGACGCUAUAUCCAAUGAUCUUUCUCAGACGACGGAGUUUGAAAGAGGAGCUCAUCCCUGGAUUGCGCGGUCAAGUGAGCUCAAGUCUAACAAGACAAUCUCACCCGACGCAGAUGAGGAAAUACGACGUCUUAAGAAUGAGAUCCACGAGGUUUCUACUGCUCUCGGCGUCAAAGAUAACACCCUUGAAGAACAAGGUAUCAAGAUUGAACUUCUGGAGUCUCGGAUGAAAGAAGCCAGCAAGAAGGCUUCUAUGGUCAAGGAUCUGGAGGUUAGGAUUGAGGAGCUCCGAACUGCAAGUGCCGAGCUUCAGAAAACGGUUGAUGAACAGAAGAAGGAGCUCCAGACUGCGGAAAACGAGCGCGAUGACUACAAGACUCGUCUGGAAAGGCUGAAACGAGCAUCUGGCACCGCAGGCGCUGGCGAGGGAGUUGUCAUCGACAACGAAGCCUCGCUAGCCGCAGUGCAAGAGAAUGAGUCCCUCCGUGCAGAAGUCGCCAGCCUUCAGUCUGCCGUCCGCUUCCUCCGCGAAGAGAACCGUCGCUCCAAUCUUCUCAACCCAUAUUCUGUCCAACGAUCCACCAAUAUGCAUGCUUGGCUGGAUGCACCUCUCACCCAAACCAACCCAACCACAGAGCAAGAGAAGAUGCGACGCACUGCCUUGGAAAGCCGUGAUGUCUUCACUCAUCUAUUGAAACUUACGAAGGAAUCUCGAAUUACAGACUUGAGAUCCACCUUUGCGGCCUCGGACGAAUCUGAGGAUGCCACUGUCAACCGCACAGCCUGGCGCCCCGCCAAGUCUCGCCUCCGCUACCAGGUCCUCCAACAACGCGAGAAUCUCGAGCACUGGAAAGAAUGGCGUGAUGACAUUGUAGAAUACGAGCGUGAGCAGGACCGCUUGGCUGCUGCAAAACGCGAGCGCGCUCUACGUGACCGUAUGCCAAAGCAUGCUCAUAAGGGUUCCGUUGAAUUUCCUCAAGGACUGGGCCAUGGCAUGAUGGGACGGGCAUGGCAGAUUCUGGGCAUGCAGAACCAUCGCAAGACUGGGUCGAUGGGUGGCGCUGGUCCAGAUACCUUGGAGAUUUUAUCCUCCGACUGA